AUGAUCCGCCCAGUGCGCAAUUGGACAAUAGGAGUUAUCCCUCCUUCGACCUCGAUAUCGACCUGGACUAACGUCUCUGUCCCUUCUCGUCGCCCGCGGUUCUUCACGACCUCGGCCAACUUCGCCAUGAAGCACCAUUUGAUGGUCGGCACGUGGACCGCCCCCGGUCGCAUCUACACCGUGCAAUUCGACGAUGAGGCGCUCACGCUGGAAUUGGUCAAGAAGACCGACAUUCCCGAAGCUGAGCCCAUCUCCUGGAUGACCUUUUCUCAUGAUAAGAAGACUAUCUAUGGCGCAGCAAUGAAGAAAUGGAAUAGCUUCGCGGUCAAGAGCCCAACGGAGAUUGUACACCAAGUGUCGCAUCCCGUCGCAGGACACCCUCUUGCUGCCAGCGCCGAUACCAACACCCGAGCCAUCUUUGUGCUCGCCGCACAUCAACCCCCUUACAAUGUGUACGGCAACCCCUUCUACAAAUACGCAGGAUACGGCAAUGUCUUCUCGGUGACCUCGGACGGUGCUCUCGAUUCCAACGUGCAGAACUACGAAUAUGACCCCAACACGGGCAUCCACGGCAUGGUCUUCGAUCCGACCGAGACAUACUUGUACUCGGCCGACUUGCAAGCCAAUCAGAUCUGGACGCAUAUCAAGGACGCCGAGACGGGCCAACUCACACUCCUCGACUGUCUCGAGGCGCCGGACCCGGGAGAUCAUCCGCGCUGGGUCGAAAUGCACCCCAGUGGAAAAUAUCUCUACGCGCUCAUGGAAGCAGGCAACCGUCUGGCCGUGUACGUGAUCGACGAGCGCACCCAUAAGCCCGUUUUCACGCACAUCACCUAUCCCCUUCUCCCGCCGGGGUUGCCCCCGCGCAACAAGUACCGCGGCGACGUGACCUUUACCACCCAGAGCGGCGAGUAUCUCUUCGCGACGACUCGGUCCAACCACUUCGACGUGACUGGGUACAUCACGGCGUUCAAGCUGGGACCCUCGGGCGAAAUUCUGCGCCAACUCUUUAUCAAUCCGACUUCUACCAGUGGGGGCCACUCUAAUGCGGUCAGCCCGUGCGAUUUCAGUGACGAGUGGUUGGCCCUGUGUGAUGAUCAAUUAGGCUUUGUGGAAAUGUACCGCUGGCGAGACGAGAAGCUGGCUCGUGUGGCCCGUGUGGACAUUCCCGAGCAAGGAUUCGGCAUGAAUGCUAUCUGGUAUGACUAA